UGUUUGGCUUGGCCUCGAAAGUGCCGCGGUUGUGUUUUACCAUCGAAACAAAGCUAUUGUUUGACGCGAAUUAGUUUUUUUAGUUUUUUAUUUGGAGGACAAGACCAUUCGGCGGUUGUUUUUUACUUUACUUAACAAAAAUGGACCUUGAACCGCCCCAAAUGCAACUACCUGAACCGCUGCCUGAUGAUAUUGACGAAGCGGCCAUCGCAAGAGCUAUCCUUAGCGGGAAUCCAGCAACCUGUCGGAUGUGCUUGUGGGCCCGUCCAAGAAUGUUCAAAAUCGAUGAGGAGGAACACUUCGGUUCCUUAACCCUCAACAGAAUCACGAAAAUAUCAAAAGUGAAGGUAACUCCUUUGGCCGGAACACCCUCGUUUCUUUGUAUGGAUUGCAAGUCCUUCCUGUUGGAGUGGGACGCCGCAAACAGAGAGGUUGCUCGUACCAAUGACAUGUGGGUGGCUUGCCAUGUGAAACGCGAAUGGGAGAGCACCGAAGGAGUCGCUGGAGUAACAAAGUACCAAAAGACUAAGCGAGGCGGUCAACUGCGAUACGAGUGGGAGUGCGAGGAAUGUGGGAAACCGUACUUGAGUCUUUAUGCCGUCACACUGCAUGUCCUAGAACAUAAGAAAGCCGGCCGGUUUAGGUGCGACAUCUGCGACGAGCGCUGCUUGAGCAUCGAAGAACUGAACGAGCACUUUGCGAACCACGACGAUGAACAGGAUGACUCGAAUGUUUCCGAGUUAUCGCUAAAGCCGGAGCCGGAACCGGAAGCCUAGAAGUCGCGUCUACAUAAAUACGAAAUAAUAUAAAACAUUAUG